GUGGCUACUUAGUAAGAAAACAAAGACAGGCGUCUCUUAUUCUACAGCUGCGGAGCUUUGACGAUGGAGCAUCUGUACUGCUCAUGCGGAUGCAAAGGAAACAAAAGGAAACCGUAAACCUUUCUGUCACUGACAUCUUCUGAAACAGCUCGUUGUGGAGGCGCUGGAUUUCUUUAUUCGCGCGAAUUUUCUACAGGAAUCAUUUAAGAUCCACAGGUCUUUAGAUUCACGAGCAUCGCCAUGGAACAGCGGCGCCCGCUUCUAGUUUAAGACGUUUACGGAUGUUUGUAUCUCGGAAGACUCAAUCUGUGACGCCGCCCUGUUGUUAGAUUUCCCAGCAUGGCAACUCACAUGAAGCUUGUGUUGCAUUUGCUAUUGGCGUUCAUAUUUGUUGUGCAGGAGGUCAGACUGGUGUGUGUGGAUGUGGCAUCAGACACAGAGGCCAUUGUAGGCGGUGUUAUGAAGUUAACCUGCAUCUACUGCAUGAAGCGAGAGGAGAUCUCUGCCAAGACCAGAGUGGACUGGUUCUACACCGGUUCAGCAUCAGAUUACAGAAAAAUGCUUAUUUAUCAGUAUGAUAGUGAGCCACGGGAGCCAAAGGACGUAGAAGCGUACUGGAAGGGCCGUCUGAUGUGGAACGGCAGCAAGGAUCUGCAGGACAUCUCCAUUAGCAUCAGAAACGUCACUGCAAAUGACACUGGCACAUACGAAUGUGAGGUGUCGCGCUUCUUUGUUUUCGAUACAUUCCAGCAUUCCACCACCAAGAAAAUCACAAUCGAACUGAAGGUAAAAAUGGAAGCGAGUGACGACAUCACGGCGCUGUACUCAGAGAUCAUGAUGUAUGUGCUGCUGGUGUUCCUCACAUUCUGGUUGCUGGUGGAAAUGAUCUACUGCUACAGGAAGAUCUCCAAAUCUGAGGAGCUGGUGCAGGACACUGCGACAGACUACUUAGCCAUUCCCUCUGAAAAUAAAGAAAACCCGGGCCCUGCUGUAACGGAAUAAAAGUCUCACACCAUUACGGUACUGACGACUGAUAAUGGCAACCGGUUUGAAAUGGAGAACAGGCACUGAUCUUGUUCUGACACUCCAAGAGCUGCUCUGAGAAACCAGGAAACCUGCCAAAUCAAAUCCCUCUUGUCUUGAUAAUGUGAUGUGUGGAACAAACUCUCGACUAGUUCAUUAUCUCCCGCUGUCUCGAUGGAGGUCAGCAGUGACACACGUCUAAUCUCAGACUGACGAGGAUCUGUAUGUGUCUGUCCUCAACUUUUGCCUUAGUAGAGACACAAAUACAGCAGCCCA